GGAGGCAAAAGUAGUAACGCCUGGGUUGGCUGGCACUGAGCCUGAGGUUGAGCAGGGACCUCCUCUCGUCACUCGUCACUUCGUAACGCCUCCGCAUACAACUGCCCACUCCCUCGUGUUUAUCGUCAUGGCAACAGAAAAGAUGCAUCGUUGCCUACUAAGAACAAAUAAUGAUAGUCAAAAGUUAUCAAUCAGCAGAAAUUUUAAAGAAAACAAUAGUUUGCGGACAUCCUUAGAGGAUUGGGAAGCGGCUUCUGUUGCACGGAGGAACUUUGACCGUAGGUCUGAUUUCCUUACAUUUCUAGCCCUCGGACCUGACGGUAUUGUGAGGAUUGUGUCAUUACCAUUGCGAUAUCCUGACUGUACAAAUUCCUCAGGAUCUGGUGCCCAGGUGAAUGUGGAAAGUUUGCGUCUGUUCUAUACCAAGCCACCAGAUCCACUCAAGGUUAUUCGACCAAAGGUGCAGCAAGGUUCUCAGCUUGCUGGUUCUUUUUUUGGAAGUUCAUUUAUGAAUAAUUUUGCUCUUUCUUAUGUGAGACACCAAUCUCCAAAUAAAGAAUUGGCUCAUGGAGCUAUGAAACAGAAUGAGGUUUCCCGGGAAUCUUAUCAAAAGUCAGUGACCUGCAGUACUUCUGCUUUCUCAAGCAUGAUUGAAACUGGUUCCAGUUCUAACAACUUUUCAGAUACAGCGAGUGGUAGUGAAAAAGUUGACAAAGUAAAGAGAAAUUCAAGAAAGAAGAGUAGAAAUAAGGGAAAAAAGGGCAAGAAGAUUUCAGGCGCCAGUAGCUCUACUAAACCUCACUUUCUUUCUGUAGAAUGUGCCGAUGGAAGUUUGGCAUCUGAAAUCUGUGGUAACAGUGAUGGAGAUAGACACUGGGGGCCAGUAUCUCUUUCAACUGCCGCAGAAGUUUUGUUGCUUGAGACUGGGAAUGAAUCCCCAAAACCAUGCAUCUCUCAUCAUGCUGCACUGGAAGUUGAUAUACCUUUUUCCGGUAAUCUGGGACAUCAGGGUGUACUCCAAGAUUCUGAAUUCCCUAUCAAAGAUGGGGUAGGGAGUAUUCCUCAUACAGAAAUGGAUCAUUGUAAUGAUCUCCAUACCAGAGGUUACUCUGAUAUGCAUGACUCCUUUGUUAUGGAUUCAAUUUCAGUUGGUUCAAGCUGUGAUGACUAUAAUAGUGAUGGUCAUGAUGAAAAACACGCUGAGAAGGAAAUUCACAGAUUAUAUGAAGUAUCAAGUUUCAGUUCCAAAAUAGGAUAUGUCUCCAAUCAAAGUUUGAUGAAUGAUGUUUUGGAUACUCAUGACAGUAGUGAAGGAAUGAGGCAUGGGAUUCAGAACAGCUAUGGUGAUGACAUGAAAUCAGCUGUGCCUAGCAAGAGAAGCAACCACCACGAAACAGAAAAAACAAGUGCAAAUUUCUUGAAACUCGGAAGUACCGUGAAUCUCCAUGUACCUACAGUUAAGGGAAAAAAUCAUUCUGUCUGGCAAAAGGUCCAGAAGAAUGGUGAAAAUGACUGCAAUUGGGAGUUGAUGAAAGAAAGUUCUGUUUACUCACAAAAUUUUCCGACUUUGGUAGAGUCUGCUUUUCUGAAUAGAUCCAGUACUGCUGUUCGAGUAAAAGUCUCUCCAAAGAGUGGGCAGAAAAUGCAGCAAGAAGAUGGGGAUUUUAAGGAGUUAAAAAGAAAAGAUGGUCCACCUCCAAAACAAAUACACUGUGCCCAGAAAGGAGCUUAUGCCAACAUUCCCGGCUCAGAUGGCUGUCUGAAAGCUAGGAUGGAACAGAAUGAUAUGUCAGAUGUCUUGUCUCCGGUAAAGGAUAAUAAAGGAUCAAGUCUCGUCUCAGGAUCUUGUUCUCGGCCUAGUUCUCCAAGGGUUUUUUUUCAGAGACAUAAAGAAGGAUGUGUGACUUCUGAUUCAGUUCACGGCAUGCAACUCUCUCCAAAUGAAAUGGAUCAUGUGGAAGGUGUGUGUGCUACUUCCUCUGCCAUGAACAAUCCAAUUCCACCAAAUCAGGAUAACGCAAUGCAGAAGAUAUCUGAGUCCCUGGGUGAAUUUAAUAUGCUUCAGGUGCAGCCUCAACCAAUCUACCUGCCUCAUUUACUUUGUGAUACAACCUCGCCUGCCGAAGGCAGCAGAAUUUAUCCCAGUUUUGGAUGUGUAAACCACAUGUUCGUACCAACUCAGUUAGAGGAUCCGGUGACAAGCUCUAAUUCCAGUUUAGCCCAUGUACAUUCGGAGGAGCCAGCUGAUAAGAGCUGGACCUCCACUGACACUGCUAAAGAGAUUACUCAGAAUAUUAGUUCUGGAGCAGCAGUAGACUGUGUCAGUCAGUGUUCAGGAGAUGUGACUUGUUAUUCUGAUACAACUGAGGACAUGCUACCAAAAAUAGGCUUUCAGGAUCCAAGUACAAUUGAAGAACUAAAAGACAAGCUUAUAGCAGCUGAAUGCAUCAAUUUUGAAUCCAAAGAUCUGAAUGCAGUUGAAGCCGAGUCAAACAGAAUAUUAGAAGCAGUGCACAAUGCUUACAGGGCACAACUGGCAUCGGAAGCUGUUCAAAUGGUCACUGGUGAUCCGAUUGCUGAAUUUGAAAGACUUCUUUAUCAUUCAUCCCCAGUUAUUCCUCAAUCACCAAAUUUUAUAAGGUGCCAAAUUUGCUCAAUGAACCUGGUAACAGGUUUUCCAAUUUGCAGACACGAGACAACAACCAUCUCUUUAGGAUGCCUAUGGAAGUGGUAUCAAAGAAUUGGGAGCUAUGGAUUGGAAAUAAGAACAGAGGAUUUCAGAAAUUCAAAGGGAGUGGGUGCUGAUCGUUGUGCAUUUCAUGCUUAUUUUGUUCCUUACUUGUCAGCGAUUCAGCUUUUCCAGAGAGGUAGGAGUGAUGCAGUUUGUAGUACUGAGGUGUUAGGGGUGAAAUCAGAAAACCUCUCCAACCUUGUUCAUCUUCCAAUAAAUUCCAUUAGUUUUCCUCUGCCUGGCAAGGAAAAUCAAGUUGGCAAAUCACUUGUUCACGAGCUUUGUAUUUCACAACAAUCUUCAGCUCCUGCCAAUGAUUCUAUCCAGAUAACUAGUGCAAUGGGGUCGAGUGACUUGGACCUGCUUUUUGAAUAUUUUGAAUCACAACAGCCUCAGCAGAGACAACCUUUGUAUGACAAGAUAAAGGAACUUAUCAGAGGUGAUCGACCAGAUUUGAUAGUUUAUGGAGAUCCAACUAAACUAGAAACGAUAAAUCUGAAUGAUCUCCAUCCCAGAUCCUGGUAUUCAGUGGCAUGGUAUCCCAUCUACAGGAUACCUAAUGGCAACUUGCGUGCUGCCUUUUUGACCUACCAUUCACUUGGUCAUUUGGUCGUUAGAAGUGCCAAUUUUGAGUGUCCAAGUGUGGAUGCACACAUAGUAUCUCCAGUUGUGGGCCUUCAGAGUUACAAUGCUCAGGAUGAAUGCUGGUUCCAGCCGAGGCACUCAGGACCAAGGCAGACAAGUAUAACACCAGGGCCAGGCAUAAACAGUGUUGAUGGAAUUCUGAGGGAGCGUCUCAGAACACUUGAUGAGACGGCAUCUCUUAUGGCAAAAGCUGUUGUAAAGAAAGGAAGUAUGACUUCUGUUAACAGGCAUCCGGACUAUGAGUUCUUCCUUUCUAGGCGUCGUUAGCUGGUGCCAGUACAAUUCUCCAUUUUAACAACUCAUUCAGUGGUUUUCAAUUCCCAAGUUAAAUAUGCUAUAUUGUGAUAGCAUUUAACCUCAUGCGGGGAGAGAGGUAAUUAUGUGCCUUAUUAGCUAGUUUCGUAUGUACAUGUGGCUUUUCCUUUCAGCAUUUGAGUGACUAAAAUAAAAAAUUAAUAAUGAAGUUUUAUAGAUCAUGAAGUUUUAUCCUGUUA